AGCUGUUGCUUCGUUCUGGUUACAGAGAAUGAAAGGACAGAGAAUGAAGGAUUAAAGCGAAGCAAUGAAACACAGCGUGGAUGAUGACACGCUGCACCUGCACACAGUUCCACCUCACUACUCCAGCCGCUUCCUGGUCUCCAUGCCAACCAUGAGGUCUGAUGGUGCUGGAGCAUGCUCAGUGUGCAUCUUCUCCUGCCCGAGGCCACAUCUGCAUGGAUUAGUGAGAGUUCCAGAGAGAUCGCUCUGAGGGGACCCAGACACGAGACGAGAAAUCCGGCCACUUCGGGACUGGAGCCAGGGAUCUGCAUGUGGGGAGACAUUUGAUUAAAAUGGGUCUGUGGAUGUCUGGACCUGCUCACUGUAUGUCUCAGGGCUGCUUCCUGAACCAGCAGCGAUGCCCGACAUAAAACCUCCACUACUAUGUGACUACCCUUCCACCUCAUCUGCCACGUCAUCCGUCAGCCUUCCCACUGGCUGCCCUUCCCCUCUCAACUUCUUUGUAAAUAUGGAGCCCUGCAUUGCUAGCCUCCCCCUGUCUCCUGACUUCUUGUCCUCCUUUCCUCCACACAGAUCCAGUAUACCUUGCUACCCUGGGCUCCAGGACCCCCACUUUCCACUCAUGGCAAGAUGUAACAGCAGCACUCUGCUUACCAAUCUUGGACUGAGGUCCUGCUCCAGGGGACAUGGUCACGCUGGGGUCAGGGCAGGACAAGUCUCAUCCUCCUCUAUCCAACUUGGAAAGAAUACCAGUAGACCUUAUAGGAGUAUGGAGAACCUCUACUGGAACAAUGUAGGUGACUCUGGCACAUGUGCAUUCAGUGCAGCCCCUUACAGAAGUGUGGACAGUGAGUUUAUUUUGCAGUAUACCACUACUAGCCACUGGUAUGAUGGGCCUCAGGAUGGGCCUGUGGUUGGGACCCAAGUAAUGAUUCCCAAUCAAGAGAGUCAAGCAUUCUGCACUCGGAAAGCGCUGACCAGGAAGGACCUUACAUCGCUCCCUCAGUGGCUGUUCCCUGGCGGCGUGGAUGAAUGGGAUGCCCGCAAGGGCCUAAGGGAGAGGCUGCGCCUACAGAGUGCAAGGUCAGGGGUUGAGCCUCUUAGGCCACUCCCACUUCGGGCUCAAGUGACUCCUGGUGCUGUACCUGUCAAAAGAGAGGAUAUCCCUCAUGUGACUUCAGGAGUUGGGGCGAGACCGCUGUGCGCACUGCGGCUUACCAGUCAUGAAGAGAUCAAGCAGGAGGUACUGAGGCGUUUGCAGCUCAGACGGCAGAACAGUAGCCCGAACCUGCCUCUGCACAGCUCCCCAGUCAGCCCCGAAGUAGUUAAGACAUCCAGUACAACAGAAAAUAUCACAGGCAACAGAAGCCAACCAGAAUCUGUAUGUGAACACCGCAGACACCCAGUGGGCCGAUUACACAUUCCAACCUUUGAGGAGUUUAAGAGGAUGAGGCAGAAGGAGGGGGAACACAGCCAGAAGUCUGCAGUGGACUCUGUGGUAUGUGAAAACUGGCUGGAGGAAAUAGUUGGAUUGGAAAGGCAAAUUCUUCCAUCAUCUAGUGUGGCAGUGGAGGAAGGAUGUUUGGAAAAGACACCAAGGCAAGAAGCCAGAGCAAACAGGACAGGCAGUGACACAGCAGCAUCAAGUAGUGAUGGCCUGCAGACUGUCAGCUCCUCAGAGACCCUUCUCUUUAACAGCACGAGCAGUAACAGCACUACAACCACCCCCUCCAUCACCAGCGCAUACUCUCCAAUCUGUACAAGCCCUUCUCCUCGCUCACCCCUGCAGCCGCUGGCCAGCUUGACCCCAGAGAACACUUCUGCUGCAGUAGUGGAAGAAGAGAGCAGCAAAUGUAGAAGGAGCAGUCUGGAAGUAGCAGGACCAGUUCCCUUCCCUUCCAGCAAAGAAAAGUGGGAUCAUCCCUCCAGUUGUUGCCCUGCACUCCUUCUGGAUGGGACAGACCUGUCCAGUUAUGGAGCUAAGCUCUACAAGAUGAAGGACGGCUUGAUUGGAUCUGCACUGGACCUCAUCAAGAAAAGCUGCAGUGCAGACGUCUCGGCCGAGGUUCCUGUCACGCUGUCAGGUGACCGGGACACAGCCUCUGACAUCACCGUUUUCUCAACCGACUGUCAGCCUCCUGCCGUUGCCAUGGCAACGUCGGAUACGGCCUGCGGACUGGAGGCUGACAACGAGACACCUGCAGGACGAGGAAGCAAAGAACCUGGAGAAUGCCAGCACAGCGGGCUGGGCUGCAGGCGCUCCAGCUCCGACGCAGCCUAUGAGGUGGUAGAGACGGUGAAGGCACAGCGCGAGUGUCGUCUCCGGCCCCACUUCAGUGACCCCAUGCCAGCUGACGCUUCCAUGCGGAAACAGCUGGAGAUGAAGAUUGCUGCUGCUGCCCGACUACAUAACCAAUGCAGAGACAGACACAGAGACAGUGCUCCAGCAGCAAUUCGUGGUUGCUCAGAGCAUCCAUGUGAGGAGCGGCUGGGUGUGACUCGGUCCAGGCGGCAUCGCUGGAGCACCAUCAGUAGUCUGAGCGCUGACAGCGGAGUAGUUGGCCUCAGCGAUGAGCGGGAAGAGGAGGACCGCGAACCUCGCCGGAACCGCCGCAGCCGAGGGGCCGAAGUGGAGCGUGCAGACAGUGGUAUCGGCCAAGGUCUCUCUCGCAGCUGGAAGAGACCGUCUGCCUCAUUAAGAACCUGGGAUGCUCAGAGACCCUGUGGCGAUUGUGGUCAGAGGGACGGUGCCUCCAAGGAGCAAGGUCAGCGCAUGUGUGAACGCUGCUUCAAGCUACACAUCGAGAGGAAGGAAGCCAUUCUAGAGUUUCUGAACACGGAAUCGAGCUAUGGAGAAGACCUACGGAUCAUCAAGGAGGAGUUUUACUGCCCCAUGCAGAAUGCUGGGCUGCUAACAGCAGAACAGCUCGCUGUGGUGUUUGGCAAUGUUCAAGAGCUAAUAGAUGUCAACGACCGCUUCACUGAACACCUGCAGGAGAGCAUAGACCACGCCUUUGACCAGGGAGAUGAGGAUCUGCUGACAGUCUCUAUUGGAGAGAUCUUCCUGGAGUUUGUCAACAUGCUGCCUGCCUUCCAGACGUACUGCCUGCAGCAGUCCACGUCGGUCAACAUGCUGAACACUCUGGAGAAGGAGAAAGAGCUUCUCCGAAUAUUCCUGGAUGUGUCGCAGAAUGACAACACAGCUCUGCGUCGAAUGAACUUGCGCUCCUUCCUCAUGGCGCCCCUGCAGCGUGUAACAAAAUACCCACUUUUGCUGAGCCGCAUCAUCAAGGUCACCUCUGAAUGUCACCCCGACUACGCUCGUCUCCACGAGGCAAAGAGCUGCGUGGAGUCCCACCUGGAGCACAUCAACAUGAAGACCAAACAGGAGGGUAAUGGCGUCACCUGGUCCCUCCGUUCUUUCCGCCGCGACAGCCGAAAGAACCGGGAGGUUAUCAACAUUGAGAUGAGAGAGGUGUCAAUCAAAACGGUGGGCUGGGCCAGGGAAUACACACGUUUUGUUAUGGAAGGUCCUCUCCAACUUUCUCAGCCGGCGGACGGCCAGUGGUCAAAGAAGGGCAGUAAGGCCCUCAAGUUCCAAAAUGUCCAGAGUCUGCUAAUGGUGACGACACAGAGGGCCAGUGACAGCCCAGGCCAGGGUCCGGACACUGGGCCGCGUGGGGAUAAUGGGGAGGGGGGCGGAGAGAGCAUCCGGGAUGGAGUGCUGGUUCUAAUCAAAGAUAAGAGCAGUGGGAAGUUCACUGUACUGAGAGAACCCAUCCGGCUGGGGAACUGUGUGGUGUCCACAGACCCGGAGUCUGAAGACACGUUUGAGGUGCUUGAUAUUCGGCGAGAAUCUUUUGUUUUCCGUGCGUCAGACAAAUCUCGCACCCAGCAGUGGUUCCAUCAGAUUAAGAGAUAUACUCGAGACUUGGGUACCUGGAGAAAACGACGUAAUGCUUUACCCAACAUCAUGAUCAACACUAACCAGAGCCGCUCCUGAGGCUCGCCAAAGCCCCUCUUUCUAACACUGUACAGCAGAAGAAGUGUGAGUGGCUCCGCUGAAAAUUUGUCAGAUUUUAGGGAAAACAGUUGUACCAUGUAAACCAUGUAACAUUGUUUUUUUAACUGUUAUGUGAUCCACACUGUGAAAAAAAGGGAGGAUGUAGGCGUAACUUUUUAGGUUUUGACUUUUAAAAUAAUCUGACAUGCAGACAACCAAAAAACUGUGCUGUGCUUGACAUCCUUGAUUGUAAAGACUGUUAGUUCUCAAACACGAGAGCUGUGAUUUCAGUAAAAAUGGUGUGUCGUUUAAAAAGCAUCAAAUGAAAUGACCAAUUGCAAAAAAUACUGUUGAAAACUUCAUAUUUUUUUAAACAGUAGGACAAAAAAUAUUACGUUUGAAAUUAAGACCAACUCCAAAGGGUGUUAUUUUUUUAUCACACUGUACUCACUACCAUCUCCUGUUGGUGUGCCUCCCCCUGCUGGUUGAUAGAGGCGGAACAGGUGGAGAUGGCGCGGGGCCUCCACGGUGGGAGUUCUGUCCGACCCUGUUUUAAAGACAAGUCACAUGACAGCAAUAAUAGUCUGCCAAGUCAAAAUAAGAGUAGCUGCUGUUUAUACUUUUCAUUUCCACUAAAUGGCACGAGGUGAGCUACAUUGACCGAAUGUCGUAAUUAAAGCUGUGUGCGCUAGCUACCGUUCCAUCAGCAUGUUAAUGUGUCAGUUCAUCUGAAUAACAAAUACCUUCUCAUUCUUCCUCCUUGUCACAACAACAUCCUCUUUGGAAGUUUGUGGAAAGGUAAACGGUCUUGGUAAAGUACCUUAUUGAAGGAUGCAAACCGUACUACCACAGCAGGGCUCCAAUCCACGAUUUGCAGAUUAUUACCUCUGCCAACGAAGUUGGGUGGAGGUUAUGUUUUUGGCCCUGUUUUUGUUUCUCUGAUGUGAACAGCGCCUGGAACCCACAAUUUUUCAUAUAUCGUUGUGAAAUUUUUACUGAAGAUUCAUAUCCUUAUAGGGCAUUUGUAAGGUAAUAGGUCAAAGUCAGGAAAAAAACUUGAAAUAUUGGAAAAAAAAAAUCCCUAUCUUUAACAUUGAAUGAAUUAAAAAAAGAUAACUGUCAGAAAAGCUGUAAUUUCUUUCAUAUUUCAGAGCAUUAUGUAGGAUGGUAUCUUUUGUCGACUGGCAAAGUUUGAUUCGGAUCUGAUCCAGAUUAUAGAUUUUGUGGCCAAUUAGAUUUAACAUUGAAACUGACUGGCACUCGAUAUCACCUGACAAAGUUUGAUUUGGAUUGUGGAUUUUGUGGACAUUUGAAUUUAAUAUUGAAAAGCCCAUCUGGUGUACAUUUUGCAUUAUAUCUCAAUCAAAAGUGUCUCAAUCACUCUCAGUUUUCUGUUAUGGAUUCAUCUACACCACCAACAUUGGAUGAAGGUUCCAAUUUUAUGCCUGUUUGUCUUCUAGUUAUCAGUCAGAAACCAAGUGCCAAAAAGAAAUGACAAGUUGUGCAUAGUGGAAACAACCAAUGGUCUGUGAAAAUUAUCUGAAAAAGAAUUCAGAAACUGAAAAAGUUGAAGGAAAAAAAAAAACUGAAAACACCACAAAAAAUAACUUUGAUUCAAGUGCAUGAACUACAUACUCCUGACAUUUGGUCAGAUCAAAUUUAGCUUCUCAAAAUCCACUUCUAACAGGACUUUGACCUUGAAAUUUUUUUCCAAUGUAAAAUUUUUAAUUGGAAACUAGUGCUGGUGGAGGUUUGCACUCUAUGAGCGCGGUGCUCUAGUUUGUCAAUUUUUACUCAGAGAUCGUAAUUUCCCAGUUAUGCCCCCCGGAACACUUGUUCCAAUCAUGCUAUUGCUGUAUGUGGACAUGUUUCUGCAGCAUUUUAAUGCUUGAAAUACUGCGUAACGUCCUGGUUAUGAAGUGGUGGCACUCACAUUGGCUACCCCAGCAGAUGUUCCAGACAAUGACUGUCAGUACCAUACUACAAACCAAGCAGUAAAUUAAAACACUAAUGUACCUUCUGCUCCAUCUGUCUCUUACAUGAGGAGCCUUUGGUGGACCGAAUAUUUUUUGUAGCAUUCUAUACUCCUAAAACGUGGAGGUGUCCAUCUUCUUUCUGACUUGUGGAAAACACAUUUACCUCAGGAGUGGUAUCAUUUAGGGGAGGUGAUGGUCUAGUGGUUGAGACCAGAAGAUCCUAGGUUCAAAUCCCAGCCUGACUGGAAAAUCACUUAGGGUCCUUGGGCAAUCCCCUAGUUGCUCCUGGUGUGUAGUGAGCACCUUGUAUGGCAGCAUUCUCACAUCGGGGUGAAUACUAUGAGGCAUUAUUUGUAAAGCGCUUUGAGCGUCUGAUGCAGAUGGAAAGGUGCUAUAAAAAUAGUCCAUUUAUCAUUCCAAGACACAAAUUCCAAGGUAAAUGGAACAUGAGUCUAGAGUUCAACUGCUAGACCACACAGGACCAGAUAGGAAUGGAUACGAGAUUGAACUCCAGUGGUUUCAUGCACAUCUUUCUGGUUUCAUGCAAGCUUUCCGGUAUCGACCUUUGAAAGUUCUGCCACACAAUUUAAAUCAGUUAAACAGUUUGUGGUGCUCAAAGAACUGAAAGGGACAUUGGAUUAUUUCAACAGUUUUUUAGUGACUUCGGCUGUUUUGUUUUGUUUUUGUCUGACAAGAGUGUCUGAGUUUGGACAGUUUUCUGUGGUACACGUUUUCAAAACACAAUUUUUCCAUGAGUACAUUUGUGCCACCCAGCAUGCAGUAGAAACGCUUCCCCGUGUGCGUUUGUACACGUUCCACAGUGACAAUACGUACACACAGUAUUAAAUUCCAACAGUGGAACAGAGAGUGACAAGGGCAGAAAAGUGCAGCCAUAUUUAGUAUGAGGUCUUUUUCACAAGGUAUAGUCAUGGUCAAAAUUACUGGCACCUUUGAUUUUCAAGUUCUUAUUCAUACAACCUAUCUUCAGAAAGAAAUGCAAUCAAAGCAAUUAUGCACAAUGAAAAUAUUUUUUAAGAAAAUUCCAGUCACUGAACAGAAACAACAAAAAAAAUGUUUUAUGAAGUGAAAUAGUGAAAUU